CUACAUCAACAAAAGGGGAAAAAAAUAAUCGGGAAGAGAAAACAGACAGAAGAGCUGCAGGAAGAAAAUGUCCGCUUAACGUUUCAGGUUACUUUAACAUAACCGAAAAAAACAGAGUCUUGACAUGGAGGCCUUCAGGCUGAUGAAGGAGCUGAAGGUGAACCUGGAGCAGGAGAGCCAGUAUCUGCCCAAGGAGUCGGGACUCAAGCUGAUCGAGUCGAACCCUGAGGGGAAGGGAAUUUCAGCAAAAUGUCGCAAUGCCAAAGUGGAGGAUCUCUGGAGCCUGACCAGUUUCUUUGGCUACAGUACCGAGACCUUUGUCCUGGCUGUUAAUCUGCUGGACAGAUUUCUAGCUAUGAUGAAGGUUCAACCCAAACAUCUGGCUUGCAUCAGCAUUGGCUGCCUCCACAUUGCUGCCAAAGUGUUAGAGGAUUUGUGUGAUGUUUCAUCAACGCAUGAGCUGAUCCGCAUCAGCCAGUGCAAGUUCACAGUCUCGGACCUCAGUCGCAUGGAGAAAAUCAUCUCGGAGAAACUUAACUUCCAGUUCCAGGCCGUCACCGCCUUAACUUUCUUGCACCUGUACCAUGCAAUUGUACUGUCACAUACCUCAAGCAGGAAAGAAGUUCUUAAUCUGGAUAAGCUAGAAGCCCAGCUUAAAGCCUGCCUUUGCCGCAUUGUAUUCUCCAAAGCAAAACCAUCGGUGCUAGCUUUGUCACUCAUCAAGCAAGAGAUCGAGGCCUUGAAGUCAGCUGAGCUGUUUGAGAUCGCCCAGUCCAUUCAGAGACACUUACGGAUCUCAGAGACGGAGCUACAGCUGUGGAGAGGCCUGGUGGCUCAGUGCCUGGUGCAGUACUCUUCGCCUACAUGCUCCAAACCCAAUCACAGGAAGCUGGUGUGGAUUGUAUCCCGGCGCACGGCCCAGAACCUGCACAGCAGCUACUGCGGCGCACCAGAGCUGCCCACCAUCCCUGAAGACGGCUGGAGUGAGAGUGAGGACUGGGGUGAGGAGCUAAGCUCUGGGGAGGAGUCUCUAAGCAGCUCGUUGGGAAGCGAUGCAGAGGGGCCUUACUUCCCUGCCCACUUUCGCAAAAAGUAAGCUGCCUCAAGAUGGUCAGCUGAUCCGAGGCCAUUCUGCAAAAAGUAACCACAAAACAUGGCAGCAGCAGCUUCAUCUGCCUUACAAUACAAAACUUCAGCUUUCAGAGUGAUGUCAACAACCACCAAGACCUCUCCAUGUUAAAGAGCCACAGUGCCUGGGUUCCACACAAGAUGUUACUUGAGAACAUAUGGCCGUUUUGUUUUUUCAUUAUUAUUACUUUAAAUAUCUUGAUUAUUGUAUUUCAUUGUACCUACUGUAGCCAUUACUGAUCCUUCUUCCUUUUUGUAACGGUUUUAAGCUUAAAAAAAAAACAUUGCACAACACAGGCAGCUAAAGUUUACAACCCAAGACCUUUAAAGGAAAAAAAAAAAAAAAACAUCUACAGUGUUUUAAUAAUAAUAAUUGUUGGUGCAUGUUCAGGUUUGCCACAUUCCAGGAGACGACUAAAUCAGUCAGUAUCUAGGACGCUGUUAAAACACCCUAGGACUGUUGCAUUCUGGGACAUCUGCCCCAGUACUGUGCAUGUUUUUUUUUUGUUUGUUUUUUUAAGAACAGCCGUCAUGGAUAAGUGUCAGGUUCUGUCACUCUUCAGACUGUGUUCGGCUCGAGUCAGUCAAACUGUGUUUUCUCGUCUGUAUGUUUUGGUUUAUAUACGAGUGUGGUAGUAUGACUUGCCAGAUUAGUUUAAGUUUAAAUUAGCCAAAGUGUUUGUGUGGAGCAAAACACAGUAAUCCUGAAUGUGUAUGUGUGUGUGUGUGUAUG